AUGAGGGUACUCCAGCUGAACCUCAAUCACUGUGAGGCCGCACAUGAUCUGCUUAUGCAGACGGUGCGUGAGCUGGAAAUAGACCUGGCACUGAUCUCGCAGCCGUAUAGACACCUGGCCAUACAACCGUGGGUAACGGAUACCACCACUAGGGCCGUUAUUUGGUCCUGUGGUAUGUGUCCGUUCCAGAGCGUGAUCAAUUGUGGAGAGGCGUACUUUGUGGCGGCUAAGCUGGAGGGAAUUCGUUUCUACAGGUGUUAUGCUCCACCCAGCCUCACUUUCGAUGAGUUCACUCAUGAGUCACCGAUUUCCUUUCCUGAGGCAGUUGCCGGAGACUUCAAUUCCUGGGCGGUCGACUGGGGCAGCAGGUACACCAACGUAAGGGGACGAGCACUACCGGAGGCUAUGUCAACCAUAGAUGUAGUUCUCCUCAAUAGUGGCGAAAAACCAACAUUCAUGCGGGGAGAGGCAAGUUCGAUUGUGGACCUGACCUUUGUGAGCAGUGCCCUCGUGAGGGGGAAUUACUCCUGGGAAGUGGCAGACGUCUACACAGCCAGUGACCACUGUGCAAUACUAUGGGAGGUAUCGACGGUUCAGAGGAUUGGAGAAGCAUGCCCGAAAACCAAUACAAUUGGCUGGAAGGUUAGCAACUUCGACCUUGACACGUUUUUGGUUGCGCUGGACGCUCGCCCAAUCGAUGGUAGAAAUGCCAUGGAGAAGGUCAGCGAGAUCAUGAGGAGAGUCACAGACGCUUGCGAUGCUAGCCUGCCUCGAAAGCGCACUCAAAGCCGGCUCCCACCGGUACAUUGGUGGAAUGAUCGAAUUCCUACCCUCCGUAAGGAGUGUCUCAGCGCGAGGAGGUUAUCACAACGUAGCAGGAAAAGGCCAAACUCCGAAGAACUAGAGGCCCAAUACAAGAGUGCUCGCCGAGAACUGAACAAGACAAUAAAGUGCCGCAAGAGGCAAGCCUGGAAGGAGCUAGUGGAUGGAGUUGAGGAUGAUACAUGGGGAAGGCCCUAUAAGGUCGUGAUGUCGCGGCUGAGAAGUCAGAUGCCCUCAUCGACAUGUCCCCAGCUCCUGGAAAAGAUCGUCUCGGUGCUGUUCCCUCAACAAAGAGAGCUCAACCGGCUAUCAAGACAAUGUGAGGUGGAGGCCAUCCCGCCUAUCACAGAAGAUGAACUGAUGGAAGCAUGCGGUAGAGUAGGCAAUACCAAAGCCCCUGGUCCAGAUGGUAUACCAAACAGUUAG